GUGAGUACACGGCUAGACAGACAAACACGUAAAUUAAAUAUAUUUAGUUAGUAUUAAUUCCGCAGUUCUAAUAAAAGUCUUAGAAGAUGAGUAACAACAGGGACAACCUUCUCCGGUUCUUCGACCGGCCCACGGAGCCCUGUUUCUUGCAGAAAGGCGAGGACAGUGCUGCCUUCGAGGUGCCUGAUCACUACUACCCAGAUAAAUACAAGAGUCUGACUAAUUCGUUGUCUAAUCGUUUUGGGAGCGGCGAUCUGCGUGCUAUACCUGUAAAAAACAUCGCCCUACCCGACUUGACUCUGCCUCUCGAACUGUCUUAUAAUGACCAGUUCUCGUUGUUCGUGGCAAAACAUCGCAGGAUGGCUGGGAAACUCAUUGACAUCUUCCUGAAUAUGCGUGACGUGGACGACCUCAUUUCUCUGUGCUCGUACUGCCAAAUGAGAAUUAAUCCUUACAUGUUCAACUAUUGCCUCUCGGUAGCCAUUUUGCACAGGCAAGACACGAAGGGGCUGCAGAUUCCGCCGGUGGUGGAAUCAUUCCCGGACAAGUUCAUGGACCCGAAGGUGUUCAGGAAAGCUCGGGAGACCGCCACUGUCAUGACCUCUGGUAACAGGAUGCCAAUUACCAUCCCAUCCAACUACACAGCAUCCAACUCUGAGCCUGAGCAGCGUGUUGCCUACUUCCGCGAGGAUAUAGGUAUCAACCUGCAUCACUGGCACUGGCACCUGGUGUACCCCUUCGAAGCCGCCCGCGAGGUGGUCAAGAAAGACCGCAGGGGGGAGCUGUUCUACUACAUGCAUCAGCAAAUUAUUGCUAGAUAUAACUUGGAGCGUCUCUGCAACGGGUUGGGUCGUGUCACCAGGUACAGCGACUUCCGCGCGCCAAUCAGCGAGGGUUACUUCCCCAAGCUGGACAGCCAGGUCGCCAGCCGCUCAUGGCCUCCAAGGUUUGCGAACACAGUGAUCCGUGACCUCGAUCGCCCCGUGGACCAGAUCAAGAUCGACGUCUCCGAGCUGGAGACCUGGCGCGACAGGUUCCUGCAGGCCAUAGAGACCAACACCGUUGUCAUGCCAAACGGCCGGCAAGUGACGCUCAACGAGGAGACUGGAAUCGACGAGUUGGGGAACCUGAUGGAGUCUUCCAUCCUCAGCCUGAACCGGGGCUACUACGGGGACCUGCACAACAUGGGUCACGUCUUCAUAUCGUAUUCACACGACCCAGACCAUCGGCAUCUGGAACAAUAUGGCGUGAUGGGGGAUUCAGCGACGGCGAUGCGCGACCCUAUAUUCUACCGCUGGCACGCUUACAUUGAUGACAUUUUCAACCUCUACAAGACCAAGCUCACACCGUACGGAGACAGCCAGCUGGAUUAUCCUGGUAUCCGGGUGUCGUCGAUCAGCGUGGAGGGAGCGGCUGGCGCGAACAGGUUUGCGACCCAGUGGCAGCAGAGCCUCGCGGAGUUAUCCCGCGGGAUGGAUUUCACGCCUCGCGGCAGCGUGCUGGCCAGGUUCACCCACCUGCAGCACGACGAAUACACUUUUGUUAUUGAGGUAAACAACACGAGUGGUCAGUCAAAGAUGGGUACAUUCCGCGUGUUCAUGGCGCCGAAGAAUGAUGAGCGUGGGCAGCCGCUCGCCUUCGAGGACCAGAGGCGGCUCAUGAUUGAACUGGACAAGUUUACUGCCGGAUUGAAACCUGGUAACAACACAAUCCGGCAGCGCAGCAUUGAGUCCUCAGUGACUAUUCCCUUCGAGAGAACGUUCCGGAACCAAGCGAACAGGCCCGGAGACCCGGGCUCCGCUGACGCCGCGGAGUUCGACUUCUGCGGCUGCGGUUGGCCGCACCACAUGCUCAUCCCCAAGGGCACCGAGCAGGGCUACCCCGUAGUUCUCUACGUCAUGGUUUCCGACUGGAGUGCCGAUAGAAUCGAGCAGGACACGGUGGGGGCAUGUAACGACGCGGCGUCGUACUGCGGACUGCGCGACCGCAAAUACCCGGAUCGGAAACACAUGGGGUUCCCGUUCGACCGCCGCUCGGACGCCCGCACCCUCUCCGACUUCCUCAAGCCCAACAUGGCCGUCCGGGACUGCACCGUCAAGUUCACGGACGCCACCAGGGAGGGACAGCAGCAGUGAUACACACAACUCUAUAUGCGGUGACUUUACGCUCAAGCUUUUGUCACGUUUUGCUCUUGAAGAUUCUUCAUCUGACAUUUGUUUAUCAUAUUAUAUUAUUCGUAUUAUAUUAUUUUAGAUUUACAGUUAUUUAAUAUUGGACUAUUACUUUGUCUGCUUUAUUUAUUAUUUUUAUAGUUUUUUUCUUCAUAGUACAUCAUUCUACCAAUUCAGUAAGUAACAUGGAAAUAUCUGUCAAUUUGUAAUAAGUUUUAUUAUUUAUAAUUAACACCUUGCCUAUGUGAAUUCAGUUUAAAUGCACGAUAUAUUGCGUAUAGGAUUUGGUCUAAAUUUACUAGGGUACUAAAUUUUAAUAGAAUCUACAAAUUGUUCAAGCCACGUCGUUACACACGACACGUCCGUUCAGUUCGCAGGCUGCGCGUAUAAUGCCUUUUUUGUCCGAGUCACUGUUCACAGGCCGCCAUCUUGUGCCCCACUACUCUCAAAAAGCCGAUACUCAUAACAAUAAUGAAUAAAAUUAGGCAUUUUUACAUUUCAAUCUGUUAUUUUUAUAAGUAAUCAUGACUAGCUUUUUUAUUUUUAUAAGACAUUUAUUUUCUAGUUUAUUUAUUAUAG